AUGGCGCCGGCCAAGCGGAGGGGUGGCAGAGGCCGGUCGAAGACCGUCGUCCGCCGGAUCAAACAUGAGGAUGCCCGGCACGUCUGCUUCUCCAAGCGCCGCCAGGGCUUCUUCAGCAAGGCCAGCGAUCUGGCGGUCCUCACCGGCGCCCACGUCGCCGCCGUCGCCUUCGCGCCCGGCGGCACGGCCUUCUCCUUCGGCCACCCCUCCGUCGACUCCGUCGUGGAACGCUUUCUGACGGGGGAUGGCCCGAGGGAGGAUGCCGUUUCCGAUGACCAAAAGAAGAAGCUGGAGAAGCUGCACCAGGUGUUCAACAACCUGCGCGCGGAGCUGGCGGAGGUGAAGAAGCGGGCGGAGCUCAAGGAGGAGGCCAUGGCGAAGGAGCGCGCCGCGGGUGACCAGAUUGCCGCCUGGGUCGACCCCAACGUCAUCGACAUGGGGGACGAGGACAUGGCGGCCUUCUUUGACGUGCUCAUCCAGGUGAAGGACAUCGUCUCCGAACGCGCCAACCAGGUUCUCCUCGAGGCGUGGCACGUCGGUGUGAGCUGCACGGCCCCGCCGCUGCCGCCCAUCCCCAUGCUCUUCGGUGGCAGCACCUUUGAGUUGGGUAGCAGCAGCAACGCCGCCGGGAUGGAGGCCCAGUUCCUGGUCCCUCCGCCUCCUCUGCCACAGGGGCAGGCGUUCGUGGCCGGGAUGGAUAUGCAGCAGAUAGUGAUGGCCGCGUUGCCUCCGCCGCCACAGGGGCAGGAGUUCGAGGCCGGGAUGGAUAUGCAGCAGAUAGUGAUGGCCGCGUUGCCUCCGCCUCAGGAGUUGGCCUCCGGGUCCGGGAUGGAUAUGCAGCAGCAGGUGGUGAUGGAGCUGCCUCCACUUCCAGCCCAGGUGGUAGCCGCCGGGAUUGAUAUGCAGGAGAUGCCACCGCCGCCCGAGUUCGCCGCCGGGAUGGAUAUGGAGCAGAUGCUGAUGCCGGGGUUCGACGACGAGAUGGGGAUGGAGAUACAUCAGUUGCUUAUGGCGAUGCCUUCGUCACCGGAGAUCCCUGCCGGGCUGGACACGGACCCCCUGUUGGGCUCCCCGUUCCCGUACUGGGAGGAUGAGAUCCAAACCCGUGUCCAUCCAUUCGAGUGAAAACAUUCAUGGAUCAACCAUGCAUAGUUCGUGAAUCUGUUGUCAUCUACUUCUGGAUGACAUCUUUCAUCUACUCCCGGAGUAGUUUAGUUACAUCUGGAUGAAAAUCUUUCAUCAAAUUUC